AAUAGGAGUUGGACGAAAGGGACAGGGAGAGAGUGGUGACUCACCGAUAAAGUUUUUAUCGCCAAAGAAAGCCAGCCCACACUUCCGAGCCUGCUUGAUUUGCUGGGAGAGAAUCCAAAGGACGUAUUUCAGCCAGAACGCGAAGAACUGAAACUGCGCGCACACCCAGAAGAGAGAGAGAGAGAGACUCUGAGAGUGACAGUCACUCACAGAUACAAGUACCGAUUUUUUUACUAUUUCUAUAUAUAUAUAUAUACCCAGAGAAAAAAAGAGAUUGGAAUUCCAAUCAAGUCCUCCUCUUUCUUCUUUACCCAAUCCAGGUGGAAUUGGGUCUGGUAAGGUUAAGAACAAGGAGGGAUUGGAUUCGUAAUUGAUUGUUUCCUUGGAGUUAAAUCGUCGAUAGACAUGUUGGAAGAUCGGUCCUGUUUGGUUUCAGGGGGGUACCACAUGCGGAGAACUUGCAAACCAGAAAGCAUCUGGACUUGCAUGAAUAUCCCUGUAGACAAUGGUAAGCGUCCAUUAGAGAUCGAUGGGGAGGAGAGAAUUGGUGUAUGGAAGUUUUGUAAGCAAUCGGAUCCUAUUGAGGAAGUUGAUCAAUCGAGCAACCAGUGUCAAGCUGUGGAUAAUUCCGAUUCCGAUUCCGGUUCCAGUUCCCUUAUUAGUGGCAUGGAUAAGGAUAGCUCGAUAUACUGCCUGAGUCGGUGUUCUAGGGCUGAUUAUGGUUCCAUUGCAUCCUUGAACCGGACCUGCCGCUCCCUAGUUCAAAGUGGCGAGCUUUAUAGGCUUAGGAGGAAGAAUGGUAUGAUCGAACACUGGGUUUAUAUUUCUUGCAACCUCCUUGAAUGGGAGGCUUUUGAUCCUAAUCGCCGCCAUUGGAUGCGUUUACCCAAGAUGCCUUCAAACGAUUGUUUUGUUUUCUCUGAUAAGGAGUCCUUGGCUGUUGGGACUGAGCUUCUUGUUUUUGGAAAGGAGGUGAUGUCUAAUGUCAUAUAUAAGUACAGUUUGUUGACCAACACUUGGUCCUCUGGGAUGAAGAUGAAUGCUCCAAGGUGUUUGUUUGGGUCUGCCAGUGUUGGGGAGAUUGCUAUUGUAGCUGGUGGUUGUGAUUCUCGGGGAAAUGCUCUAAGCUCCGCCGAGCUUUAUAAUUCCGAAACUGGGAAUUGGCAAACACUUCCGAGAAUGCAUAAGACGAGGAAGCUGUGUUCAGGGGUUUUUAUGGAGGGGAAAUUUUAUGUGAUAGGGGGAGUUGGAGGAAGUAAUUCAAAGCUUCUUACAUGCGGUGAGGAAUUUAAUAUGGAAACAGGAAUAUGGACUGAAAUCCCUAACCUGUCCCCUGUCCGGAGUGGUGAGGCAAGGGAAAAUGAGAUGCCUGCUACGUCUGAGGCACCCCCUCUUGUCGCUGUUGUUGAUGAUGAAUUGUAUGCAGCUGAUCAUGCAUGUAUGGAGGUGAGGAAAUAUGACAAGGAGAGGAGAAUGUGGGUUACAGUGGGUAGAUUGCCAGAACGGGCGGGAUCUAUGAAUGGUUGGGGGUUGGCAUUCAGGGCAUGUGGACACCGGCUUAUUUGUAUUGGUGGGCCAAGGACUGCAGGCCGAGGAUUUAUAGAAGUCAAUGCUUGGGUUCCAAGUGAAGGCCCUCCUGAGUGGAACUUGCUUGACAGAAAGCAAUCUGUUAGCUUUGUCUAUAAUUGUGCAGUGAUGGGUUGCUGAAAAAGUUGGGUCUUGGCGGCACUGUGUGCAUGUGAUAGUGGCUUGUGCUGAAUCUAAUGGGAACAAUUGCUUUCACCUAUUAUUGCUAAUGGGUAAUUUAUUCCAACUUUUUUUUUUUGGCCCCUACCUUACCUCGACUUACCUUCUCUUUUCUUUUUCGAGUGGGGGAAACAAAUGUGAAAUAUUACUCGAGAUUCACAAAAUGUUUGAUUCAAAGGAGGUCUUGAGUUUUUCUUUUAUUUUCUUCUGUUUUUUUCUCCAUUGGAUUUUCUUCGCCUGUUUUUUCAGUGAUGAGAUUCACAAAAGUGUGUUCAGGUAACACAGUGAUAGGUUGAAUAAUUCGAAUCCCAUCUGCUGGAUGGUUGUCUUUUAA